GUACGCGCGUCACCACACGCUCGCAGCUGGCGCUCCAAUUCAGUUUGUAUUCCACGCACAUACUACUAAGUUACAGACAUGGCGUCCGUCACUUUAGGUCAGCACCCCGCUCCACACCACCUCGACUCGGACCAGCAGCUCCUCCAGAAGCUGAAGGCGACCGACAGAAAGAAAUUCUCGCGCAAAUGGUCCCUGGAGAAGAUCAUGCGACACCGGCCGAGUGAUGCGGACAGCACGAGAGUCGCGGUCUGCGUGUUAUUAAAUCACGAACAGCGUUCAGCAUCCCCAAACCCAGCCUGUGAGACCGGUUCACCACGUAGUGCUAUGGACGCGCGAAAUAAAGAGACUGAGAUGCCGAAAUCCACACACGGUGACACGGCUGGCCACGCGCUGCAGCAGUGCCGCCUUGACAGAGAAAACGCGAACAAUAAUAACGGGAUUUUCAGCAAGUACACGACAGGGAACCGGAGGAGUUCGAUGAAGGACACGGGAAAGAUUCCCUCGUCCUCAUCACCGCGGGAACACGGCAAUUUCUCCCAAAGCGCGAGCUCGGUGCCUGAUGAAUUGGAGGGUCUGCAGCUCGACAGGCUGACACAGGCGAGGUCAGGAGUCGUGAAGAUGCGGAGCGAGCCUCUGAGAAGAGAAGCGUGGUCCAUCUUUCACCAGAAAGACCCGAGGGUGAAGGUGGAAAAGGGAGAGGGCCACAACUUCACCUCCAGAAAGGUGAGACAGGACUGGUGCGACGCCUGCAACCGGCACAUCACCAGCGCUGCCUUCAAGUGUCAAAACUGCAGCUACACAUGUCAUUUGGAGUGUCAGGGGCUUGUUCAGCUGGACUGCAACCAACUAGACCAUCAGGCUGAGAAUGUGUCUGCCACCACUUCACAUGGGCCCAUUGACACAAACCAUCAGGAGACGAAUGUCGCACUCGCAGCAGAGGAAGAAGAAGAAAACGUAACAUCCCUCACAGAGGAAGAGAUAAAAGCAAAAAUCGACGACUACAACUCCAAAGUGACAGAGAAUGGAAUGAAAUUAGGUUCAGAUGGCUCAUACACUGGCUUCAUAAAGGUUCACUUGAAGUUACGCAGACCUGUAACUGUACUUUCUGUAGACGGGAAGUCACCAGGGCCGUGUUCCUCCUGUGAUAGUUCCGAUAAACGCAUAUCGUUCUACCUGCCCAGCGAGACUGUUAAACAGCUACACAUAAGCAGUACCACCACGGUCCGUGAGGUCAUCCAGGGCUUGCUGAAGAAGUUCAUGGUACAAGAUAACCCAAGCAAGUUUGCUCUAUAUCGCCUUACCCGACGAGACAGCCAGGAUCUUUUCGAAAAGUUGCCGACAUCAGACUGCCCGCUCUACCUGAGGCUGUUAGCAGGUCCAGACUUGGAGAACUUGACUUUUGUACUUAAGGAAAAUGAGACUGGUGAGGUGGAGUGGCAUGCAUUCUCAGUUCCUGAGCUUCAGAACUUCCUGAUCAUCCUGGAGAAGGAAGAGAACGAGCGCGUGCGGCUGGUGGAACAACGUUACGCUUCCUACAGGGAGAAGUUGCAACAGGCUCUGUGUGAAGUUCAGGGCAAACCAGGCUAAUGUCCAACAUUAAAUCUCCUUCAUCAAACUGAGCCGACACGAGGGCGGCCUGGAGGAGGGGUAGCCCAACAGACUCACUUACAAACCCUCCACUCAGGACACUGUAAAGCUCUCAGCAUGACUCUCUGACCUUUGACCCCAAAGAGGAGCAAGGUAUGAGACAUGACUCAAACAAAGAGGAGGAUGUAACUAAAUAUUAAUACUUUCUAAAGAUUCUCUUUGAAAUGGCACACUGUUGAAAGCCCAGGAGUAUAUUUCUGGCUAAAUGGGUUUCGUUUCGUUUUUCUUUUUUGUUUGUUUGUUAUUACAUCGACCAGUCUGCCUGUGUGUAUGUGUCAUUUUGUUUGUUUUGUUUUUACAUGCUGCUGCUAUUGCUGCUACUGCAAGUGUUACUUAAAGCAUGACUUUCCUUUUGGUCUCUCUGCUUGUGUCUAGCGCAUGUCCCCUAUCAGGGAAUAACUGUAUGAAAUAGGGGAGUAAAGCACUUCUUCAGGGGAAGUGAAAAGAUUUACCAUAAAUUAUGAUAUCGGGACAAAGAGUAAUCCCGUCCACAUAGAAAACUAUACACAGAUCAGAAACAAUUAAAUGCUAAAUACUGUACAAAUGUUACUGCUUAUACUUGAGAUUAUAAACUAAGAAAAACUGUAGAUAUUUGGUCACAGUGUGCUUACAGGAGUCAAAACAAUCACCCCCUCUAUUUUAAUUUUAAAAACAAAAUGGCCAAACCUCCAGUAAAGCCAUGAAAAGACCCACAGCACUGUAUGUAAUAUUUAAAUAAGCCUCUGUAUGUUGGAAUAGAUUAAGCAGUUUGAUUAAGCACCCAGACUGUUACUCAGAGUGUUGGGUCUCUGGAAAGAGCCCUCAUCUGUUCAGGUGUCUUAAGCCUCAGCACUGACAAAUCACUCACUCAGAUAUACCAACAGUGCUUAAUGUUAGCUUUUCGCACAUAUGAAGGUCAUGUUAGAUUGGGAGGAUGACAUCUAUAUAAGUGGUCUGAAUGGCCAUGUGGAUCCAAAUCGAACUUUUAUUUUAAUUUGAAGCUGUAAUAUAUUGAAAUCUAUAUUGCACCAAAGUAAAACCCCUGUAUUUUGAUUAUGACAUUAACGAGAUUGUUCUAAAGAGGUAAAGUUAGAUGUGUAUUAUGGAGUCAUGACAUCUUUUACCGUCAGACCAGAUCAAGACCACUAAGUGGUCUGCCAGUAGGCCUAUGUGGUCCAUAUUAUUCUGUAAUGGGACGUUUUAACCAUCUUCUCUUCUUUGCUUUGAUAAUGUGUUUUAAAAAGGGAUUUGUGUUUUAAUGCGUUUCGUCAUUUUCAAAUUAUUUACCGUCAGUCCAUAAAACAUUGGAUGUUUGUGUCAAUUGAUAAGAGGUAGUUCACCCAAACAUCAACAUUAUGUCAUUAUUACAAAUUCUCAAGAAUAAAGUCGACUUUUGAUUUGCUUUCUCCAUAUAAGCAUUUAUGAUUGCAAGUCCUUUAAAAAAACUAAACAGCUCUGUAUGGAUGAACAUCUCUAGCAUGUAUAUGUCAGUUUUGUCAUGGCCGAAAUCACAGACUGAAUUUAUUAGGGUUGACCGUUUCAUUGGGACCAUUAGCAGAGAUGGCACUUGAAAGUUUCCAUUUUGAUCACUCUCCCCUUGUGCUUGCAUUGUAUGAUUUUGUCUGUACAGCCCCUAGUGGACUGGAGGUAUCACUUCAACUCUUAGGCAAAGGGAAGAGGAUUGAUAUGUCUGCUCAGGCUGCAUUUCCCUGACAGUCAAAUUCCUGCUGGCAGUGCCUUUAGUCUCUGUGUAGUUUUGUACUGUACAUACGCUCUAGAUGUCUGGCCCUAUAACCCCACAUAUUGAAAGAUUCACACACGUACAGUGGCAGUACCCCAGGUGCUUUUAAUGCCAGGCCCAUCAAGCCCAAGUGGGACUUUAAGGGACUUGUGUUAAGUGUGUGUGAGAAAGAAUGUGUGCGUAUGUAUGCUUUGUGUUUAAUGUGUUUAAUUUAUUUUUUUUGGUUCAAUUUCAGUGUGUACACUUGAAUAUGUGGACAAAUCAGUACUAUUGGGCAAUCAUUUUGUUUCAGAUUUAAAAUGUCUAUAAAGCUGUAAAUAUACAGAAGAGUGAAAUAAAAAUUCAUGCUUUUAUGGUGA